AAACUAUUGUCCAAGUAUUCCAAACUAACCAUUUAUCGCUACCUCCGCAUGCCUUAACCAUUACUCGAGACAGAGACAUGUACAAGAAAGAACCCCCAGUGAGGGUUAUUGAAAUGUCCCACAUGACAGGUGCAUGACUGCUUGUGAAGCAACAAACAAGACAGAUAUCAGGUUAGUCGGGCAGAUUAUUUACUGCCUGACACUACUGUAACAUUCCACAAAGGCAGCAAAAAAAGUUGAGCGGACUACAUGCUUUCUUUUUAGUACUGACAGUCAAAGUGUCAGGUAAGAAUUUAGUCGAACCUUGACCUGAGACUCUUCAAGGACUUUGUCACACACGUCACAGAAGAAAUUCUGGAAAUACAUCAAAACAUUGUUCAAACAUCUUCUAGGAUAUAACAAAACCCUUGUUCCGGCUUUCGUAAUGUUUCACUAAUGUUAACAAAAAACACCAGCUCACAACUGGCCACCCCCUCCUACAUAACAACCCCUGCGCAACGACGCCCGAGACAACAACGCGAUGACCUGCCGCAACCCACGGCAAGAGGGGUGGGCGGACCCCCAAAAUAUGUCGCUAUUAACUCCUUCGUCCUCAGAUGAGAGAAUUAACCCAAAUGUGCACUUAUUAGUAUUUGCGCAGAGACUACCUCAUAUAUAUAUAUAUAUAUAUAACAAACUACGAUUCUAUUCCAGAGUCGAUUUGUUUUUACUUUUCUUUAUAUAAUCCUUCCAUUGGAUAUUUGAAGUUGGCAAGUGGCCAGCACUGUUAACCAAAUUCACUUUGCUAACAAGGUCUGAUUUUGAGUUUUGAAAAUGUGCUCCUGCUGUCUGUAAAAAUCGAUUGAUGAUUAUAAUCUUCCCAGAAUGGUAUGUAAGUAGCCUAUUUAAGAAUGCUGCGGUCUUUUGAAAAACAGAAUGAGUCGUAUUGAUCAAAACGCAUGGGGGAUAGAGACAAAGGAAAAGGUGGAGGAAAUGUUUCCCUUCUUUCCAAAGGUGAAAGAAAUCGCUUGGGUAAGAUUCUGAGAUGCCACAGGCUUGGGAAUGUGAGAUGGAAUGGUAAACGGGAAGGCAGUUCGUUCAGCCAAGGAGGGGACUGCAAGACCAGACGGGGUGGAGCAUAUAGUCUCUCCGUGCAGACGGCCUUGUGUCCCGUUUGCCUUGAGCUGGGAGAGGACUGUAUUGAAAGUAUAGGCUAGCGGACAGGAGAGAGGGGGCUGGUCUAUGGGAGGGACUAGCGCAAAGGGGGAAUUGGAAGGAGGAGGAGGGGGCGGGGAGGCGGCACGGGUGCUGUUUCUCCAGUCUCUUUCCCCAGUCUUUGUCUCACACUCUUUUGUUAGCCAUGCCUAGCCUGCUGGUUCUAGCAGGGAUCAUGGAGAAAAAUGGGGGCUACGGCGGGGAUCUAGCCGGCUCCGGAUUCGGAAGCGAAGGUCUCCUUGUGCCACCCGAUGAGGAAGAAGACGACUCCCGUGCCCUCAGGGUCGCGUUGGGCCAGUUGUCUCUGUUGGGGCUCGGGGAAGGCGAGGACGGCAGCGGGGCUCCUACAACGGGAGUACAGGACAGGAGUAACAAUAACAAUAACCAUCAUAACCACACUAAUAACGUUGGAGGGGGAGACUCGGUACUUUUGCAAGGAAAAAGCAAGUUAUGUGCCCUGUAUGAAGGCUCUUCAGCUGAGACGAAGGGACGAGGCUGCAACAUAACAGAAUGCGUCCCCGUGCCCAGUUCUGAACAUGUGGCCGAAAUAGUCGGGAGACAAGGUUGCAAGAUCAAAGCUUUGCGGGCCAAAACCAAUACCUACAUCAAAACUCCUGUUAGGGGUGAGGAGCCUGUGUUCCUGAUCACGGGCCGGAAGGAGGACGUGGCUCUGGCACGGCGCGAGAUCAUAUCUGCCGCCGAGCACUUCUCCAUGCUACGGGCAUCCCGCAACAAGCUGGGUGUAUCCUUCAGUGGCUCGCCGCCCACACCUCUCCCAGGGCAGACCACCAUUCAAGUAAGAGUGCCAUAUCGAGUUGUGGGUCUGGUUGUUGGACCGAAAGGUUCCACCAUUAAACGCAUCCAGCAGCAGACAUGCACCUACAUCGUGACCCCUAGCCGAGACCGUGACCCCGUCUUUGAGAUCACAGGGUCACCGGGAAACGCUGAAAGGGCCCGCGAGGAGAUCGAGGCGCACAUCGCUUUCCGAACGGGAGGCCUGCACGACCACAACAACGAGAACGACUGCCUAGGGCCGGAUGGCAGCAGUGGGCCAGCAGGCUCCGGGGGUCUGGAGAGCCGCCUGCAGCAGGUGUGGGGGCUGCAGGGGGGCCAGCGCAAGCCGCUCACCAGCAGCUACCGCCAGAACUUCUCAGACGCCAUGGUCGGAGGGGGAGGGGAAGUAGGGGGAAUCUACAGUAAGGGCAACUUCUCCAGCUCUGGAGAGAAGCCAUGCUCUUACUUUGGUUCGGAGGGCACCCAGAGCUGGGGUGACCCGGACUACCCCAAACAGGUGGCUUUCUAUGCCCAGCAGCGGUCCAAGAGCUUCGGCGGUCUUCCCCUUCCCCUGACCAGACUCUCCCCUGGCCUGCCCGAGCCCUGUGGUGGAGGAAGCACAGCCAACUCUUCAGUUACCAGCAUCGCCGCUGUUGCCGGCUCGCCCCACGCCCAGGCCCGGCGUGCCCACAGCGAGCCCACCUCGGCCAGUGUUGGCUUCCCUGGGCGCCUCCCUGUGCCGGACUCUCCACCGGCCAUCAUGCGGGACUGCAUGACCUGCUUUGAAAGUAAAGUAACGGCUGCCCUGGUGCCCUGUGGCCACAACCUCUUCUGCAUGGAGUGUGCCAUCCGCAUUUGUGAGCUCAACCACCCGGAGUGCCCUGUUUGCCACACCUUGGUUACGCAGGCCAUCCGAAUAUUCUCUUAAGGAGAAAACAUCAGUUUUUAUCAUUCGUUUUGUCACAGUGUUCAAUAAUUAUUUACUGUUAUUAAUAUGAUUAUUAUUAUUAUUAUUCUAUGUACUUUUUUCUCAAAAAAUCUAAAAACAACAAGCAGAUAUUUUAGAAGGCACUGCUUGCUUUACUAAAAACUAUAAGAAAUAUUUUUAAUUUUUUCUUUUAUAUAUAUAUAUGCAUAUAUAUUUUAUAAAAGUUUUGUUUAUAAGAGAAGUAUAGUACCUAGCAUUUUCCAGUUUUGUUUUUUACUGCUGCAGUUAAUUUUUUCAUUCUUUUCAUGUAUGAAUUACAGUGGUCAGACGUAAAUAGUAAUGUGAACAUUUUAUUCAAACAUUUAUUUUACCAUUAAGUGGUUCUGCUAGGUUCAAAUUUGCUUCCUAGAACUCAAUAUGUGCCAGAAGGAUCUGGGAUGUCAAAACAGAAGAAGGAAAAUAUUAAUUCCUUCAUCGCACCUUACACAUGUCUUAGAUUCAGAUGAUUGUCAGUAAUCUACAAAAAAUUUGGUUGCUAAAGAAAAGGUUAUUUCGCCCUAUUCUUUUCAUGGAAAAUAUGGCAUGAAACUAAUUGAACAAACUGUUAUUUUAUUGAACAAAAGUCUUUAUUGGUUACAAUACUGCAUCUUUGACAACCAUAUUCCUACUAACUGUCACCUCCAAUAUGUUAAUAAUACAUGGCGACAGUUAGUAUGUGAUUUAUUUUUCAUUGCAGUUAUAUUUUGAAGUUCAUAUCUGGAGUUUGAUGAAAAGUUUCUGUAACUUUGCUCUGUGUAACACUUGGGCAAGCAUGUGAUUCCUAGUUAGUGUAAAGCACUGAUUUAAUUUUUGAUGCCAAAAGUUAUGGAAAUCAUCCAGUUGGAUAGUACAGGAGAUCUGUCUACCUGAGAAACCACUUAACCCACACUAAUUAAGUUGGAUAUUGUCACUGAAGGAUACAUAAUGCAACAUUUGACUGGCAUUCAUUUUGUAUUCAGGGUAAACAAGAAAAAAUUAGGUAUUAAUAUGUAGACAGAAGCUGAAGAAAACCUUUGGUAUAGUAUGAAAAGGAUCAAUCAAUAGCGUACCCCUAAUACAAAAGUAUGGUGUCUAUGAACUCAGAACGGGCUGUUACACUCCAAUUAAUUACCAGAGGAGCAGGUGUUUAAUAGUGCACUGGGGAUGUGACUUGAAGUUGAACAUCAUUUUGGGAUCUUUCUCUUUCGGUCUUUCCAUGGGAGUGGCCUUUUUUCCCCUCCUCUGCUUACUGUUCAAUCGCGAGCUGUUGAGGGUGGUAAUGACCGCAGCCGACCCACAAUGCAUUGCCUCCCAGAGUGGGCCGUAUUGUCUGGACCCAGCAGUGGUGUAGGCCCCAGAGUGCUCGGACACGGCCUGGAGCGACACAUUCGUAAUUAGGCAAAUGGGCUGGUCCAGGUGCGGACUGUGUGGGGACCCUGGUGCAGUGUGUGGGGGUGCAGGGACAGGCUGCUGACCGCCCCACCCCACUGCUUCAAGCAAAGAAGGGGCUAGUUUGGGUGCAGCUGAGCGAAGGGGACCCCUCCUUAUUGGAUCCCUCCCUCCGCCCUGCCCACCCUCCCUCUUUCCUUUCCAUCUCUGCUUCUCUAAGCUACCCCUACUGGGUAGAGGGGCCUCCUUUGUCCUACCACAAAAAAAGCUGCAUCUUAAAGAGACCAACUGAACAGGUUGCCAGCUUACUGGAGCAAGUGGACUUAAGACCAAGAAAUAUCAUCAGCCAUAUCAGUAAAUAUAGUAAUUGCCCCCUGUCAAAAAUGAGUCUUUUACCACAAAUUUUUAAAAUGCCUGUUUAAGUAGCUGAAACAGUUUGAUUAGCAUUAUCCAAGCACCAAAUCAAAUACUUCUGCGGGAAAACCUGUUUGUGUGACAGAGUGCCAGGGAAGAUCAAAGUUUCCAAAGACCCUUGCUCUUCUUCAACCCCCUUCCCCCACCCCCUUUCUCGCUCUACCCUACUGUAUGGGACAUCCUGCAGCUGCCCCCUCACGUCUGACAUGGGGCACAGCCAAUGAUGGGCCAGCUCCAGGCCUUCAGAUUGAAAUCAGAUGAUCGUAAUUGACAGGAAAGCAGAGGAAACGCCCAAUUUAGGCACCACUCAUGCUGAAUCAAAUUACACACCCUCUGUCUCUGCCUUAGCCCCAACUCUGGGAUUUUAGAGGGUGGGGGGGGGGGAUUAAAGCUGUUGAGGGAUAAGAGAGGGCUUUUUGGACGGCAGGGGAGGAGGGCCAUUUCGACAAAAAGAGAAGUCGCAUUGCGGUCAUUUAUUAGAUUUUUGGAGAACUGCUUCUAAACAUGCUAGUGGUAACAAAACACAUGUUGAAGGUGUGGCCGGUCUGCCUAGAAGUCCACCAGAUUGAUCCAUUGCUUUUUUGGAUACUUUUUGCUAAGCUUCUGUCCAUCUAAAUAGUUACAGUAGAUGAUUGCUUCUAAUGCAAGAUGGCAAGAGAACCCUCCAAACCCCUAACAGAUUGGUCUGUGGACUGUGAUGAAAUAGCACUGUACUCCCAAGAAAAGUACCUACAUUGUAUUACGUUAUGUUUAGUGAUGAAUCAAAGUUCACUAUUUAUAAAUAGGAACAUUGCACAGCAUUUUGGCCUAAACUUUUCAUGACAGUUUUAAGGCAGAGUAACGCUAUUCUUUGAAUACAUGUUUUUGUUUUGUGUUGAGACUUAUAUAAAUGAUGCCUACACUUUCGCUAAAAAUGUAGCAACAAAGGCCUUUAAUAGUAUUGCCCCUUAAAAACAAACAUUAGAGAAAGUUUUUGUUCAGAGAAAGAAUGUGAAUAAACCAGUUCAGUGUGAGUGACUAGGAUUAAAAGGUUAUGACAAAUUAGGAGUUGUAACACUUUACUUAUUAUAAAGUAAAGCACCUUAAUACAAAAAAAACAAUACCAAACCGACCACUGAUGGGUAAUUUUUGUCCAUAGAGUUUGACAGACAUGCACAUAAGGUUUCCCUAUUACGACAUUAUUGAUUAUUGCUAUUCCUAGUAGUGGUGAUGUAUGGGAGAUGUCUCAUCCAUAAAGUCAAUUCUGACAAUGUGUUUGAGUUUGCACUGGUUACAGUAAAAGACGGCUUUGAGUGUCUCCCUGCGUUGGAGGCUGGUAGAAGAAUGAAGAAUGAAGCAUUGUACUUUAUGAGAUAGGAUUCUGAGCAUCUAUGUAUAUACGUAUAUCAAUACAUCCAGUUUAAUACCUACUGUAAGUGGGGUCUUUUUUUACAAGGUAAUGUCCUUUUGACUAUCUUAUGGUAUAGAAUUCGAAAAAAGAAAAAAAAAAGAUUUUAGGAGCAAGGAUUUAUAUAAAUCUUCAUCAUCCUUUAAAGAUGUAUAUUAGCUUGAGCCAUACAUAAGAUUGUAAGUAAAUUAAUUAACUUAAGUAUUUCAUCAAGUCAAAAUUCAAAAAGGAAAUGACCUACACAAUAAUAUAUACUGUAAUUAUACAGUUGUGUCUUGCAUAUGUGAAUCUAUCUAUAUAUGAAUCCCUCCCCUUAAUUAUGCAGGGACUGAUGGUCUGAGUUCUAAAUUGUUCCGAUUUUUUUAUCAAUCAGGUUUUAUGUUUAUUAGGAAAAUAAAUAAUACUACUAAAAAGCAAUAAUACUACUACAGUACAGAAACCAUUUUCACAAAAUACAAUAAAGUAAUUUCAAACUAUUUUAUGCCAUCCAGAACAAGACAUUGAUUCACUAGGAUGUUAGCCAAUUUCUGUCUCAUAUCUCUUAACAUUUUAAUGUUUGUAAAGGAUAAGAAAAUAACUUCUUACUUUCAGUCAUUUCUUACAGCUUUUCUCCCUUUCAACUUAACAUAUGUCUUGAAUUAAAUAAUUGGUAUACAAGCUGUGCAAAAACAAACUUCAGUUCAAGGAAGCAAAAUUUGUUUGAAUACAAUAUCUAUUAUUUAGAAGAAACCCAGUGCACUGUGUAAGUAAGCAUUUCAAUCUUAACGUGCAGUGCUUUUCAAAAGCAUAAUAUGAACUCUUGAGGCAUUUCCUUUUUGAAAAAAAGGCAGUUGGUAACCCCUGUUGUGACGGUUUGUGAGGUAAAGACAUGGUUGAACUGCGUCCAUAGGUGGACUGUAUCCAACAACGUUUUUCAUACUGUAAUGAUUUUGGUGCUCAUGAACAAUGCACAUUAUUUCCUUUUUUUUAAGUAGCAUUUAUCUAAUAUUAUUACUUUGUAUGUACUUUAAGUUUAGGGAGAAACAUCUAUACUUAACAUAAGCAUAUCAUGAAAAUAUAUUUUAGUGUUUAAGUUGUUGAUAAAUGUAUAGUGGCUGACUUGAUGGCACAACCCAAUCAUUUUGAAGUACUCAUCAUAAACAUGUUAGCAACUUAAAGAGAAAGUUCUAAGUUCCAAAAUAGCCAAAGAACAGACUUAUAGGUUCAUAACUAUUCUUACGCUUAAAAUAGAACAUGUAAACAAACUCUCCUUGUAAUAGAGUGAAUAUGUUUAGUUCAGCAUAGUCCAGUCCAACAAAAUAAUAUUCCUAUUUACUUAAAUCAUAGUAGGUCAAAGUCUCACGAGCUUCAGUCAAUCAAUAGCUGUGAUAUAAGCAUAUCAUAUUUGUUCUCAUUAAUAUUUAUUUUACAGUAUUAGAGGCAUCAGUAGCAAAUGAAUCAAUCACUAUCCAAAAAACAACAAUCAUUGCAUUUAAACCUAUCGGGUGUAAUUACUCAAUCUCAGUUGGUUUUAUUGCCAAGAAAGAAUAAAUGUGUCCACCAUGGAACUUUUAUAAUCCCAGUACUUAAUGUGAAAAAUUAACUGUCUAAGGAAAUGUUAUAUUCCUUUAAUACAAGCAGCCAAGGUAACAGAUGUUUGAUAGUCCGACAUUUAAUUUCCAUUCAUGUACUUGCCUGAUUUCAAAGAUGCCACUGUAAACAGUAUCUAAUAUGUGUGAUAAGUUGCCAGUGUGUAAUAAAAGCCCUAUCCUUGCUAAGUUUAAUGAACGUAAAACCAUUGGUUUCAUAUAUUAUCAACAUUAUAGUUUCUGGAGGAAAUGUGUUCACCGUGUUGAGUUUCAGUGCAUGGUAUUAGUGUAGAACAGUACAUAAGAUGUAACAAGUAAUAUUGAUUUGAUACGAAUAUUGCAUCAACAUUGAACAAGGUGUAUAAAAAGCUUUAAAUACUGAACAUUGAUUACAACUACCUUGUUGUGUAACAGACUGAUUUAAAAUCAUGGCUUGUGAUGCAUAUUUUCACCAACUCCACCAAUAUAGUGUACUCUUUCAUUCAGUAAGUAAAUAAAGAAAUAGUAUGACUCUUAAAGUGAUACCUACUUCAAAACUAAGUUCUUAAAGUAUUCACAUAGUUAUGCGAAAUAUUUUUUAAGCCUAUUAUAUUAACUAUAGAAACCCAUAUCACCUUCCGUCUAUAAAAACAAACUAUAAAAAUCCUUAUCCAUUCAUGUAAAACAAAAACAAAAAAAAUGUUGUGCCCCUUUUUAAGUGGUGAUAGGAAAUCCUUACUUAAAUCAAUGCACUUAAGCAAUUCUUCCAACCUAUCAAAUUCACAAGAUGAGUGAGUAAUGCAUUUGAAUGUAUAUGAUGACCACUAAACUAAUGCACUCCUUUUGCCUAUUGUGUUUUAUCAGUUUCAAAGUGAGCUUUAAGUUUUAGUUUGUUUUGGCAAGAGCUUGGCAAGAGUUUCACAACUAUAUUUAAGUUCUUCCACAUUUAUAGAAAGUAACUUAAAACGAAAAAAAAAAUCGUAUUACAGUUUCUUGAAAAUCUAUUUUGCUAACAUGGGUUAUUAUUUCAUAGAGAAAGGAGGAAAAGUCAGUAUCUGGAUGUUAUUUAUGAAAAUUGUAAAAUGAAACAACAUAUUUAUGAGUAACCUCAAUACAUUUUGUUUUGUUUUUUAAUUAAAAGUACAAGAACUUAAUAUAUUUCUAAACACAAGUCAGUUUCUACUAAGAAUAAAAAAAAUUAAGGAGUUAUGAAGUUUUAUUUAUAAAAGGUAUGGAAAAAAAUCACCACCAUAUAUUUCAGUGUAAAUGAAAUUAAAGGUGAUGCAAAUUCCCCAUAAUUUAUAUUUUAACUUCAGAUAUGCACAAUUUCAAACAGCAGUGCAUUUACCAGCAGGAUUAUGACAAAGUAAUAUAAUAUUUUUCAGAUUGGAGGUAUUUUACUCAUAGCGUCAAUUUUGUGCCUCAACUUCUGUUUUGAGUUGGCACUGUCAUGUGCUUAUAGCUAACCAUUGCCCUUAAACUAAACCCAUUUAACUGACUGAACCCAUUACAUGUUUCCUCUUAACUUGCUUCCAUCAAUCUCAAGAUUUUUUUCUGCUAUUACUGCAUUUGUUAUGAUUGCUACAUGAAGAAUGAAUGGGCAGUUAUUUUCCUUAACAGAGGGCAACAUGUAACACAUUCAUAGCAUAGAGUCACAUGUAAACAACUUCGGAGCCUUUGUGAUGAGUAGGAACAGACAAAUUAGAUCGGAGAAGAAUCAAAGCCUUAAUGAAUGAAUGGAAUAAGACAUCAACAGUUGGGCACAUAGGCAUACUGCAUAGUUGAUCUAUGGUUAAUGGUCACGUACACACACACCAGCACACUCCGACACAUUCAUAUCCGUAAUAGUUUGCAUGUAUUGUGUAUGGUCACAUACAGUAGAUUGGCUGAGCAGCACAGAUCUUUUGUGUUAUGGAUUUAACAUAAGAGUUCAUGGACUGUUUUCCCCAUGUAGAUUUUCAUAGUUGAAGCCCCUUUGCAAUCAGAAAUGACGAUAGGGAUUUGAGUUAAAGCAAAGAGAACAUUUCAGUCCCCGGACAUUCCCUUGUAUUUUUUGGGCUUGUCAGGUUCUUCAAGAUGAAGAAGACCUGGCUGUCUAUUACACUCAUUGAUAACACUAACUACAAUUCUCAAAGCAACAAUUAAAACCAUGUCAAUUGAUUCAUAUUUAUGUUAAAUUGGCUGAUUUACUGUUCUCUGUAAUAGAGAAGGGGGCUGAAAUGACCUUUGAGGUCAAACUCUGACGUCAUCCAAAGGGGCCAAUACAGUCAUGUCAAAACAAUUUGUCUUUGAUAGUGUUUCAGAUUCUUCCAGCACAGUAGAUUUUUCAUACCGGUCUUAUAGUGGUCUUAGUGCAUUAGUUUUGGGCCAGCAUCCCCUGGCUUUAGUUUCUGGUUUCUCUGUGAUCAGUAAAAAGAGGGUUUGCCAUAAGGCCAUCUAUGGCUGGCCGUCACUUUGAAGAAAAAAGAAAAAAAAAAAGUCUUCUUUGAACUCUGUUACAGUGCACUAUGCCCACACGUGGCAUGUGAUACCACAGGUUUAUUUCUUAGAACAUGACUUUUGUGAAUUACAUUUUUUAAAUAUUUUAUUAGUGUAUAUGCGCCAUAUCCGUUUUUUUCUUUGAUAUUUUUUUUUUUCAAAAUUCAAGAUGUAUUGUAAAUGUUUCUAAUAAAACAAAAUGAAAUCAUCUUAAACUGACAUUAUUUUUGUAUUUGUAUGGUGACAAAAUACAAAGGAAGCUUGGACACUCAUUUCAAUAACUAAUUUUUACAAUCAGAAAACAUCCAGACUUCAUAAAUGUAAUUUAUUUAUACCAUUGUGAUCCAAAUAUACAGAUAUAAGAAUUGCUAUUUAAAAACAUACCUUCAAACCAUUCAAUUCAGCAUUGAGGAAGGGACCAGAAAACACAACAUUGUGGAAAACCUAAGCAGAAUGUCAGUCUACACGUUUGUCCUUUACUGUGAAAAACCCAUCUCGAAUGCCUAGCCCUUCUCCAAACCAUGCAGACCUAUAGAUACUACCCACUGCCAUACCCAUCCAAACCUAUAGCCACUAACAAAACUACACUGGCCCAGAAAAAAAGAACCACAUAUAAAAAGACCUGGACCAUUGAUGAGAGAUGAUCCCAAAAGGCAUGAUCCUGUUCCAGUUACAUACAAUAGAUAGGGCAGGUGGCCAGUGGAUGAUUUCAUAGGAAGGAGGCCCUAGGACCAUCAGAGACUACUGGACUGAGUGGCCCUACGACCUGUUACCUCUGUAACAUGAUUGGCCCAUCCGUCUUGCCAAGCGGGCGGGCAGCGCAACAGGCUCCAUUCAGAAACUAUGGUAUGGGCUACUGCCACCCACGCUAACCCAUAAACCUUCAUGUCUUCCUAGCCACAAGAGGGGGGGGGGGCUGUUGAAAUGGCUAGAUGCAAUUGAAAUCUAGAUGCCCCAUCGGACUACAUUGAAAAAUAAGAAACAAUAAAAUGGUAAAGGCAAUUCCGGUCUGGACCGGACGGAUGGGUUUGAAACACAAGCACAGGUUUUCCUUUCUCAGUUGUGAGCAGAGUUGUGUGAAAGAAAAAUGUAUCUGAUUGCAAACCUGACAAGAUUGUCCUGUAAAUUUAAUUGGACUAACAUAUUUUACCAGGUACAGAGGAUAACAUGGCUUUAUUCUGCCCCUAGCCAAGGGUAGUUACAUCUAAUAACUUGAUCUUAAAAUGAUUGAAUUUCCAGUGAACACAAGAGAACCAAAAAGACAGAAAAACACCCUUCAUAUUGAGUAAGCAGCAUCUGAUUAGAGCAAGACAGUGUUGCACUUUUGCACAAACCCUCAGAUCAAACAUAGUGUUAAAUAAAUAUCAUUGGUACAUUGACCCUAAUACAUUCAAGAAGAGGAGACUGAUUAUGGAAAAAGGGCGGUCGCAAUUCAGUGAAGUUGGUCCUUUCUUGUACUGCUGAAUGUUAAUGCUUUCGUCUGUGCAGUGGGACUGCACUUAUUAAAUUAUACCUUAAUAAGAGAUCAGUUGACUAUGCCUUAAGCACACAAAUGUGGAAAAAUUGCUCUUAGGGGGAUGAUUCUUAUAAUAUGCAAACUUUCUUAUUUUAUUCUAUUCAGUUCAUGUCCUUCAGCUUUAAAGCUGAUCAAAGGGCACCCCAAUGUAGAGCGCUUUCCAUCGGCCCGGGUUCGAUUCCGUCUCGGGUCAAUUGUGUUCGCCUCUCUCGCCAAUAAAGAUACCUUAAACUUCAUCCCUUUUUAUUUUAUUUUUUCAUUUUUUUACGCUGAUUAAGUAAAAGGCAGAGCCAUAGAGGCUAAAAAUAAAA